AUGUCUAGCUUCUUCAUCGAGAACAAGAAUGUCGGCAACAAGGCCGACAGCGAAGAUUGGAGAAUUCGCGGCUACAACCCUUUGACGUCGCCGGAUCUGCUCCAGCACGAGAUUGCCCAAACCCCCAAGUCGAAGCAGACCGUGAUCGAGGGCCGUGACGAGUCCGUCGCUAUUGUCAAUGGCACCGACAAGAAGGAGAGACUGCUGGUCAUCAUUGGCCCUUGCUCCAUCCACGACCCCAAAGCUGCUCUCGAGUACUGCGAUAUGUUGCUGAAAGAGAAGGAGAAGCACAAGGACGAGCUCCUCAUCGUGAUGCGCUCCUAUCUCGAGAAGCCGCGCACAACAGUUGGAUGGAAGGGCUUGAUCAACGACCCGGAUAUCGACAACAGCUUCAAGAUUAACAAGGGUCUGCGCCUGUCAAGACAGCUCUUCGUCGACCUCACCGACAGGGGCAUGCCUAUUGCCAGCGAGAUGCUCGAUACCAUCUCGCCCCAGUUCCUUGCCGAUCUGCUGUCCGUCGGUGCUGUUGGCGCGAGAACCACCGAGAGUCAGCUGCACCGAGAGCUGGCGAGCGGUCUCAGUUUCCCCGUCGGUUUCAAGAACGGCACUGACGGGUCGCUUGGUGUCUCUAUUGAUGCAAUUGGUGCCGUCAGACACCCCCACCACUUCCUUUCUGUUACCAAGCCCGGUGUCGUAGCUGUCGUCGGUACGCUGGGUAACGAGGACUGCUUCACGAUUCUCAGAGGUGGAACUCGGGGCACUAACUACGAUGCCAAGAGCAUUGCUGAGGCCAAGGCUGCCUUGGAGAAGGCCGGCCUCCCCCAAAGACUCAUGGUCGACUGCUCCCACGGCAACUCCCUGAAGAACCACAAGAACCAGCCCAAGGUUGCUGCCGACCUCGCUGGCCAGAUUGCCGGCGGCGAGACUGGCAUCAUGGGUGUCAUGAUUGAGAGCAACAUCAACGAGGGUAACCAAAAGGUGCCGAAGGAGGGCAAGGAGGGCCUGAAGUACGGAGUCAGCAUCACAGACGCAUGUAUCCACUGGGACGACACCAUUUCUGUCCUCGAUCAGUUGGCCAACGCAGUGAAGCAGCGCCGCGAGGUCAUCAGCAAGAACGGCGCUUGA